AUGAAUGGAAACAGACCGGGGGAACUCAGACAGGGGGAACUCAGACAGGGGGGACUCAGACAGGGGGAGCAACAGACCGGGGAACUCAGACCAGGGGAACUACAGACCAGGGGAACAACAGACCAGGAGAACUCAGACAGGGGGGACUCAGACAGGGGGAGCAACAGACAGGGGGGACUCAGACAGGGGGAGCAACAGACCAGGGGAACUCAGGAACUCACCAGGAACCCAUCCCCCCAGGAGGAGAGGAAGGAACCCAUACCCCCAGGAACCCAUCCCCCCCAGGAACUCACCAGGAACCCAUCCCCCCAGGAGGAGAGGAAGGAACCCAUACCCCCAGGAACCCAUCCCCCCAUGAGGAGAGGAAGGAACCCAUCCCCCCAGGAACCCCCCCCCCCAGGAACCCAUCCCCCCAGGAACCCAUCCCCCCAGGAACCCAUCCCCCAGGAACCCACCCCCCCAGGAACCCAUCCCCUCAGAAACCCAUCCCCCCAGGAGGAGAGGAAGGAACCCAUCCCCUCAGGGAACCCCACCCCUCAGGAACCCAUCCCCUCAGGAACCCAUCCCCUCAGGAACCCACCCUCUCUGGAACCCAUCCCCUCAGGAACCCAUCCCCUCAGGAAACCCAUCCCCCAGGAACCCAUCCCCUCAGGAACCCACCCCCUCAGGGAACCCAUCCCCCCAGGAGGAGAGGAAAGGAACCAUCCCCUCAGGAACCCACCCCUCAGGAACCCACCCCCUCAGGAACCCAUCCCCUUCAGGAACCCAUCCCCUCAGGAACCCAUCCCCUCAGGAACCCAUCCCGAGCAGAGAGGGGCCAGGUGA